UAUCAGGCUGAGCUCAGGCUGCUGAUCUGGUCCCAGAUGAGUUUCUUAGUGCCAUGAUGCCCGAGAAAGGAUAAGGUUAUAGUGUCCAGAUUAUAUGUAAAAUGGAAGUGGCUGUGACUGGAGAGACUCUUGGAGAAGAGACACUAAGGGCCCAAAAUGUAUCAAUCAAAAACAGCACAAGUUCCAAAGCAAUUUUGCCAAAUGUACGUUCCACACGUGCGGGUCAAGACUUUACAGCAGACCACCUGUAUGACUCUAGAGCAGAUGUUGUGUGCCAGCCUAUCUCUGCUCUGGAUGACAGUUGCCAAGAUUGGGAAUUCAAUACAGCUGAACUCCAGGCCCAGUUACAGUCUCUGGCAUUUAAGAUUGGGGAUUCUGAAGCACCAAGGCAUAAGAGAAAAUACAGAUCCCAUCACGGUCCAAAAGAAUACGUCUGUCAAGACUGUGGUAAGAAGUUCACUCACAGUUCAACCCUUGCAACGCAUCAACGAACACACACAGGGGAGAAACCCUAUGCGUGUGUUGAUUGCGGAAAAUGCUUUACUCGUAGUUCAACUUUAAUCACACACCAGAGAAUCCACACUGGGGAAAGGCCUUACGGGUGUGCAGAGUGUGGUAAAAGCUUUAUCCAGAGUUCCCAUCUUGUGUUACAUCAAAGGACCCACACAGGGGACAGACCAUACUCAUGCAGUCAGUGUGGGAAAUCUUUUAGUAACAGUGCACACUACGUCAUACAUAAGAGAACUCACACUGGAGAGAGACCGUAUUCUUGCGUUGAAUGUGGUAAAAGCUUCAGCAGCAAGUCAUAUCUGGUAACACAUCAAAGGCUUCACAUGGAGAACACAAUUUACAUUUGCAAUCAGUGCGGCAAAAGCCUACGUAACCAUUUAACCUAUGCAAGCCACCUGAAGACCCACACCGCAAACAAGCCAUUUGCGUGCAACGAUUGCGGGAAGAGCUUUGCGCGCAAGUUACAGCUGGUUUUGCAUAAGAGAGUCCAUACUGGAGAGAGACCAUAUGCUUGCGAUGACUGUGGGAAAAAAUACACGCGCAAAUCGUAUCUCAAUAUACAUCAGAAAAUCCACACGGAAGAGACGCUGUAUGUUUGCACCUGUUGUGGAGAUAGCUUUGAAGACAAGCUUGCGUUACAGUCCCACCGAGUAAGUCAUUCAGAAGAGACAGCUGAUAAGAAAUCUGAGUGCUCUGUGACCAAAGACUUACUAACUUCUUAAAGUAACACAGCAAUCAUCAUAACCAGUACGGUACAGUACAUCCAUUUUAGAAUGGUUUGACAUCUUGGGUCCACUGGUUGCCACUCCCAUCCUCUGUUAAGCAGCCAGGACAGCCGUAAACUCCUGUUUUGGAUCAGUUUAUUGCACCCAGCCAAUGAGCUCAGCCUUGCACCAUUGGGCUUAGUUCAGAGAGCUUUCAGUUCUCCUAUAGGCUAUAGUGGAUAAAGAAGACCACACAAGAAGUCAAACUGCUUCUAAAAUGGUUAGAUCAGGAGUAGUUAUGUGGGAUGUAGUGGUUAUGGUGCAUGGGGGCAUUCCUUUAUGAGGGAGCGGUCGUGAACACUAACUAUAUAUGGAAGUAAAAUUUCCACUUUGUUUUUGUUUGAUUGUUAUCUGCCAAGGUUUCUCAAUGAAAUGUUUCGUUUUUCUUCCACUCAUUUUACAGAGCAUACAACUUUAUCUAUACUUUGUGCUUGCAGAAUCGCUAACACAUGUAUAGAUUAUCAGAUAUUUCUAAUUUAAAUAUUAAAGUUCCCUCAAUCAUUUCUCAGCAUACAGGGCUAUCCUGAGGGUUGAGUGACACGAAAGAAGCAGGAGAACCCUUCUUACAGACAGGGACAAUCAUGUUGAGGAUGAUAGGUUUGUGGAGCCUGAGUGGCUCGUAUAUUAGUCUGAUCAGUGCUAAAUUAUAUGUUCAUGGUUUGAUAAAAUAUUAGGGCUUAAAAGUUACAUCAUGACAGGUUCACUUUAAAGGAAUGCUUCAAAAACAUAAAGCAUUUUAGCUUGCUAGCAUGCUUUGUGUGCCUGGAGCCUGUGCUGUGUUUUUUCUUCUUCCAGUUUAUUAAAUUUUUAAUAGACUUCGCCGCAACACCUCCCUAGCUGUCAGUCAAACUGUAAGUGGGACUUUCAUCCUCUGUGGAGUGAAUGGAUCUGGCAGGGGUGCUAAACAAGCCGUAUCCCGUAUACUCAC